AUGGACUACGAAGCUCUUAAAGAGCAGUGGAGUGAGGUAGAGGACCGCGAUGGCGUCCGUCUCAGCUGGAACGUUUUCCCCAGCUCCCGCAUGGAAGCGUCACGGCUUGUUGUCCCAAUCGGUGCUCUUUACACUCCCUUGAAGGAGAAACCCGACACACCUCUUCUCCAAUUCGAGCCCGUCACCUGCAAGCAGCCCUGCCGCUCUGUUCUCAACCCCUUCUGGUGA